CGGCUUCGGCGUCGCCGCCAUCUUUGUUGAUGUGUCAGCUCCUCGGGGGUGUUGAGGGGGACCUCGGUUGGGAGCCAGGGAUCGGCCGUGGUCUCCACGCGUGACUUCCUCGUCCGCCCCGUGUCGGCGGGACCCGGCCAUGGAGACGCUGGCCCGGGAGCCGGAGCUCCAUCGGCCUCGGUAGGGCGCGGCCCGGGGCUGGGGACGGACGAUGUAAAUGAAGAUCAGGAGCAGAUUUGAAGAAAUGCAAAGUGAAUUGGUACCAGUCAGCAUGUCAGAGACAGAGCACAUGGCCUCCAUUUCUUCUGAUGCAAAUACUGGGAAAACACCUGAGUUAAAAGAAGACUUGUGCAACCCAUUUUCUGGUGAUGAAAGCAGCAAAUUAGAAACCGAAUCUGAACUAUUGUCAUUGAACUCGGACAAAAUUUUAUGUCAACCUAAUGAACACAGUUGUCAAAUUGAACAAGAAAACCUUAUUCCAGACUGUGGUGGUGGUGAGAAUUCUUGUGUUAAAACAGACGCGUGCUCAGAAAACUCUGAACAAAUAGAUGACUUUCCUGCUGGGGACUUUGCAAAACAAGUGUCCAAAACAAGUGACCCAGAACAGACGGUGACACAGAUACUGGCAGAGUUGAGGUCCUCUGCAUCUACAGAAGCCAGUGACCCAAAGACGUCCUCAGCAAGCCUCUACGACACAGACUGCACCAGGAAACUCAUUUCUCAGAUAAAGACUGUUUCAACAUCAGAUGAUUUGUUGGGAGAAAUCGAAUCUGAGCUCUUGUCUGCAGAGUUUGCAGAGGAACACCAAGUACCAAAUGGAGUGAAUAAAGGCGAGCACGCCUUAGCCCUGUUUGAGAAGUGUAUGCAUGGCAAGUACUUGCAGCAGGAGCUCACGAUUAAGAAGUUAAUUAAAGAAAAUAAGAAUCAUCAGGAACUCAUCUUAAAUAUUUGCUCAGAAAAAGACAAUUUAAGAGAAGAACUGAAAAAAAGAACAGAAACAGAGAAGCAGCAUAUGAACACAAUUAAACAGUUAGAAUUAAGAAUAGAGGAACUGAACAAAGAAGUUAAAGCUUCUCAAGAUCAGCUAGUUGCACAGGAUGUCACAGCUAAAAAUGCAAUUCAGCAAAUCCACAAAGAGAUGACCCAGAGGAUGGACCAGGCCAAUAAGAAAUGUGAAGAGGCCCGUCAAGAAAAGGAGGCGAUGGUAAUGAAGUAUGUGAGAGGUGAGAAGGAGUCUCUAGACCUCCGCAAAGAAAAAGAAACACUUGAGAGAAAACUUAGAGAUGCAAAUAAGGAGUUGGAGAAAAACACUAACAAAGUUAAGCAGCUUUCUCAGGAGAAAGGGCGGCUGCAGCAGCUCUAUGAAUCGAAGGAAGGUGAAACGUCUAGACUCAUGAGAGAAACAGACAAGUUAAAGGAGGAGAUCAGCUCGUGCGUCAUUAAAGUAAAGUGGGCACAGAACAAGCUAAAGGCCGAGAUGGACUCACACAAGGAAACCAAAGAUAAACUCAAAGAAACAACGUCAAAAUUAACACAGGCAAAGGAAGAAGCUGAUCAGAUCCGGCAAAACUGUCAAGAUAUGAUAAAAACAUACCAGGAAUCAGAAGAAAUUAAGUCAAAUGAGCUUGAUGCAAAGCUCCGAGUCACAAAAGGAGAACUUGAAAAACAGAUGCAAGAGAAGUCUGACCAGCUAGAGAUGCAUCAUGCCAAAAUAAAGGAACUGGAAGAUCUGAAGAGGACAUUUAAGGAGGGUAUGGAUGAGCUCCGGACACUGAGAACAAAGGCAAAAUGUCUAGAAGAUGAACGCUUAAGAACUGAAGACGAAUUAUCAAAAUACAGGGAAAUUAUUAAUCGUCAGAAAGCUGAAAUUCAAAAUUUACUGGAUAAAGUGAAAAUGACAGAUCAGAUCCAGGAGGAGCUUCAGAGUGGUAAACAAGAAAUUGAACAUUUGAAGGAAGAAAUGGAAAGCCUUAAUUCUUUGAUUAAUGACCUACAGAAAGACAUCGAAGGCAGCAGGAAAAGGGAGUCUGAGCUCCUGCUGUUCACGGAGAAGCUCACUAGUAAGAACGCACAGCUGCAGUCUGAGUCCUGCUCUCUGCAGUCACAAGUGGACAGCCUCUCCUGCAGUGAAAGUCAGCUGCAAAGCCAGUGUGAGCACAUGACACAGACCAACGCUCACUUGGAGAGCAGAUUGCUCAGAGAGGAGGAACUGCGAAAAGAGGAGGUCCAGAGCCUGCAGGCCGAGCUCUCCGCUAUGCAGACAGAAGUUAAAGCCCUGAGCACCCAAGUGGAAGAACUGAAAGAUGAGUUAGUAACACAGAGGCGCAAACAUGCCUCCAAUGUCAAGGAUCUUAGCAAACAGCUUCAGCAAGGUACUCAUGUCUUGCAUGUUGAGCCCCAGAAUCUUGCUUUUCUGUCUUCAGGGUCACUUAAUGCUCGCAGCAGUGCUGAAGACCGAUCUCCAGAGAAUACCAGCUCCUCGGUGGCUGUGGACAACUUCCCGGAAGUGGACAAGGCCAUGCUGAUUGAGAGGAUAGUGCGGCUGCAGAAAGCGCAUGCCCGGAAGAAUGAGAAGAUAGAGUUCAUGGAGGACCACAUCAAGCAACUGGUAGAAGAGAUAAGAAAGAAAACCAAAAUAAUUCAGAGUUACAUUUUACGAGAAGAAUCAGGCACACUUUCUUCAGAAGCAUCUGAUUUUAACAAAGUGCAUUUGAGUAGACGCGGUGGCAUUAUGGCGUCCUUAUACACAUCCCAUCCCGCUGACAGUGGGCUAACACUGGAGCUCUCUUUGGAAAUCAACCGAAAAUUACAGGCUGUUUUGGAAGAUACAUUGCUAAAAAAUAUUACUUUGAAGGAAAACCUGCAAACACUUGGAACAGAAAUAGAACGCCUUAUUAAACACCAGCAUGAACUGGAGCAGAGGACGAAGAAAACCUAACAAAAAACUCUUGCCCAGUAGACAGACAAGAGCCGCAGACCAGCAGGUGCCACUGUCCAGUGUCCUGAAACAGCCCUUGCUUUGUGUCAACUAAUCAAAAGUUCAUUUUA